AUCUUUCCCAGAUCUGAUACAGUGAAGGAUGAGGCCAGGUGUGAAGCCACUGGCCAACCUGUUGCAGAUAGGAAGACAGAACUCCCAAGCCUUAUGGAAUUGGUUGAUGCGAGUACCACGACUAGAUGAGCGGAAGAUUGACCCCGUCCAGCGCUUGCUGCUUGAUGACAAGUGUAUUGUUGUUGAUCACAAGGACUUUGUGAUUGGUACCAAGACAAAGCGAGACUGUCAUUACUUGGGGAACAAUAGCAUAACUCCAUUGCAUCGGGCUUUCAGUGUUUUCCUCUUCAAUUCAAAGAAUGAACUCUUACUCCAGCAGAGGUCCAUGUGCAAAGUCACCUUCCCUGGUAAAUACAGCAACACCUGCUGCAGUCACCCAUCUUAUGUCUACAGUGAAUUAGAGGAAAAGAAUGCCUUGGGGGUGAAGCGAGCAGCACAGCACCGGCUGCAGUAUGAGCUGGGCAUUUCUCCCAAGGAGCUGACUCUGGAUGACCUCUUUUACCUGACCCGAUUCCACUAUUUUGCUGCCUCUAACGACCACUGGGCCGAACACGAGAUCGAUUACGUCUUCAUUGCCCGCAAGGACGUCACGCUUCACAUCAACCCGAACGAGGUCCAGGACUAUCGAUAUGUCUCUAAAGAGGGGAUGGAGGAGUUCCUUGAGAAUUGUGAAUCGCGAGACAUCUCCUUGACGCCCUGGUUCCACAUGAUCCUGCAGCGGCAUCUCUUUGACUGGUGGGAGAACUUGAAUGACCUGAGUUCCUUUGUUGAGCAUGAUCGCAUACAGGAGUUGAACUUUCACACCAUGAUUGCUGAUGGUAAGACAUAGGAUCUUGGGGAGAGCUGUCUGUUAAGCAAGACCAUGCUAUCAUAUGGAUGCACCAAUUCAGUAUUUGCACGUAUACUGUACUAACAUUUAGAUAUACCAAUUGGAAAAACUUUAGAGGACUCUUUCCAAUUGCCCACAAUUGGGCAUAAGUGCCAUGAAUGGGUUAUUGUGUAGUUUACUCAGGUGAAACAGAUGGGAAACUGUGAUUCCAACAAACAAAGCCAAGUGACAACUUGCCUGUGGUUAGAAGAGUCUAGAUCAGGUGCAAUAAGAAAUGCCUUUGUCUGGAAGGGACUGUCCAGAUUUAGGAAUGUUAGGAAAACAAGACAUUUUCCAAUGUUACCUCUUAAUUGCGUUUGUAAUGGCCUAGUAGAACUGUACUUUGUUAUGAAUUGGGACCCACAUGCUUCCCAAGAACAUACCAAAAGCGGUAUGUGGAAUAGAGAAAGAAAACCACAAAUUACUUUUAUUCCUACUGAAUAGACAAAGACAAUGAAGAGCAAAUACACUGGCAAGGAUAGGCUAGGGCAGAAUAUAGAACC